UCACAUUUUAAAUUGAGUGUUGUGUUGACAGUUGAAUCCAGUGAGGGUGAACUCCCCUGAUUCUGUGAUGUGGCCAACCGGUAAGGUGCACAGAAGACCAAGGCCUUCUGGAAGGGUGACUCGGCUGAUGGAGAGAAAUUAUGAUGGGGUGAUCUCAUCCUCCAACUCUGAUGACAUCUCUAUCUACUCCUUCACUGACUGUGAAUCUGAGAUUAUUGUGGCCAAGCCCAACAUCCUUCUCCCUGCCUCUGUGAGUGCCCUGAAGAAGGCAUCACGCCUGAUGGAGUUGGUCCCUACUGUCCGGCCCUGCAGGGAGCAGCUGGACAAGAAGACACAGUGGACCAACACCAACGAGGAGAGCCUGAGGAGGAUUAAAAAAAAACUGGCCUCCAUAGAGCUCGACCUGGAGGAAGGCCUGAACAAGGUCAACGACGGUCAGGACAUCAACCAAGAGAGGCAGAAGAAUGAGGGAUGCUUCAGAGCCUGGAUUGAGAAGUGGAUGGGGAAGAGGAAGGAGGAAAGACUGAGGGAUGAAGAUGUGAAUAGGGAAGAUAAAGGGAGGAUGGGCGAGGAAGUGAGGGCACUGAUCCAAGUGAUGAAGAGAAACUGCAGUGAAAGUGAUCUUGAGGCAGUAAACCUGGACAGUUGGCUGAAUGACUUGGAAAGGUUGAAAGUGGCCUUCAAGAAAUGCACUGGAGAGAUGGCCGAAAUGAGCCCAGGGAAAGUCUCUGGUCCUGUGUCUGGCCUCUCUCCUCUUGUGACCUCAGCACCCCGGACCCUGGCUGAAGCCCUACAAGCCCUGCCCUCUGCUGUGGCCCGUCCCUCCCAAAAGGAUGUCCCAAAGCCUCCGACACCUCCAAGCCCUGUCUCUGUCAUUGUUGCUUCGCCUGCUGUGGAGUACUUACCAUACCACCGCAGCCCUCGCCUGGCCCCAAUCACCAACCUGAGUGAGAACGGCAGGAAGCUGCUCCAGAAAAUGUCAGGAGUGACGCCACAGGAAAGGAAGGUCAAAAGGAAAAAGACCAAGGGAAAAAAGCAAGUGAAGAAAGAGAAGGCCAGUAAGAUGCAGCAGGUGGAAAAUGUUGGAGAAACUAAGGAGGACAAGAAAGAUGAAAAGAAGAGUCUGAGGAAGAGGUUUCUCCAGUGGCUGCUGCCCAAACUGAGAUGUUCGAAGAAAUAAUGGCCAACUACUACUACAACACACACACACACACACACACACACACACACAUACUAUUGAUAUUGGUCUCAUUGUUAUAUUUUGAGAUAUGCACCAUUCUUAAAAAAAUAAAAAAGACCCAAUAAUUAUAUUGGUUCCCAUACAGCCUACUAGGGUAGCGUAUGAUAAUGGGUUGGAUUUACAUAGCGUGUAGUUAUCAGGCUUGAAAAUAUAGCCAGGAGAUGCAGGGUCAACACCCCUACUCAUGUCAUAAGUGCCAUGAGAUGUUUAGUGACCACAGAGAGAUAGGACCUCUGUGUGCACAGUCUCAUCCGAAGGACAGCACCGGCCGCAGGGCAGUGUCUGGCAUUGGGGUCUUAGGUCUUCUUUGGCCAAAGGGAAGUGAAGAGGGCCAGUAUGAGAGAGCACAAACUUUCUUAGCAGAUAAUGAUAACAUGACAACAGUAGCUGUAGAUGAUGUAAUGAAAAGUUGGAGGGUGGUUGGUAAUGGAGAACAUCGGGUGGAUCCACGUCUGGGUGUUGGGCAGGACCCUUAGCUCCUGGAGAACAGGAGUAGAGUUAAAGGGAACAGGGUAGGCGACAGAGACGUAAACACUCCGGUAGCUCUCCUUCUGUUUCUCCUGCGCCUUGUCCAUGUUCUGUCUCACCUUGAUUGAUGACAGGAAUACAUGCAAUUAUAUUUCAUAUUACAAAUAUAUUUCUUACAUAUCUCUUGGAGGGACAGAAAAUACAUUAACAGAGGACAAUCAUUUUUACCUGGUCAAAAACCUCCACGUCCUUCUCAGUCUGUGCUUGAAGAUAGUACUCAAAGGCGUUCUGAUCUGGUUCGACAACUUCCACCACAUCAGGUGGGGUUUCAGUGAUCUGAAAGCACGUUAUGCAAAAAUAGCAAUAGACAAACACUAAGUCAAUCCCAAUUUUGAAAGACUACAGUAUAUGCAAUAAUUGUAUAUACAAUUGCAUUGUUUACCUCAGUCAACAGCUGCGGCUCCCGUCCAUACUCAGCCUGGAUGCUGCUGUUGUGUGCAAAGAGAAUUACCUUCAGGUUGUUCUCCCACCCUUCCUGAUACCAAUCAAGGGACUUGCCCAUGGCUGUCUUGAGGGUCUGGUUGGUCCAUUUACUAAGGGUUUUGAAAAACGUUGUUUUAAUCUAGGUUGUAUAAAUCAAGAGUACCAAGAGAUUUGUCGACUGUAUGGGUAAAAAAACACAAAGUACAAAACACACAAGCCAAAAGGAGGUCUUUACAAUCAACUGACAAUCAAAGUUUUCUUGCAUUGAUUUGACCUUGAACAUUCAGAGCCUGCUUGUGUAUUCAAACCAAAAACAUCCGUGAAGAAAAAGUGGACCUUCAAGUACUGCCUCAAACCACUUGUCCAAGCAUAUUACAUCUCAAUGUAUAACAUGAGACAGAAAACACAUUGAAUGAAAACUAUGGGCUCGAUUAAAUCUGUAUCGCUGAAGUUCAGAGCUAUAGCGGCUUAUAACCACACUGACAUCAUUUUUAAAAAACGUUAUUAGUUAUACCAUAAGUUGACGUUUUUACAAGGAUUGUGAUUGCUGAAAAUAGCGCACUUGAAAUGUAAAGGUCAUUUCCAAUCUUUGAGAACAUUGCCUUUGAAUUUCAAUCGAGCUAUAGUGAGUUUUGGUGUUACUGAUUGAAGUCAUCAAUCUGUCAGUGAAGACACAGGUGCUCCUGGAUGAACCGUCACAGAUUCUGUUAUAGUGACUCCGGCAUGUUUGCUGUGAAACUCUGGGGGACACUGACAGACAGACAGUGGGCUGAGGUGGGAAUGUUGAAAAUGUGGAUGUUGAGCCACUGGAGCCCAGUGACUGCUGGUUUGAGAGGCAGAUGCAUGCCCAUGACUGAGUCCAUGGCCAAAGCUGUGUUUGUGACUAUGUCCAUGGCUGCAGCUGUGUCCAUGCUUGUGACCAUGUCCGUGACUUGGCCUCAAGCCC